GAAGAACGGAAAUUAACUUCGCGUCCCAGUACAUUGUUGGACGAGUCAUACGGGCAGAAGGGAAUCAUUAUUUCAGAAUGGCCAUUGAUUGGAUUGGAUACGGAUACGCAGCUUCGAUAGCAACAGGGGGUGCAAUUGGUUACAUAAAAGCAGGUAGUAGCAUAUCUCUUUUUGCUGGACUACUCUUUGGGAUUUUGGCAACAUUUGGUGCUUUUCAAAGAUCUCAGGAUCCAAAGAAUGUAUGGGUAUUGCUUGGGACAUAUGGAACUAUGUCAGCUGUAAUGGGAGUGAGAUUUCUGAGCUCAUGGAAAGUAAUGCCAGCAGGGUUGAUAGCUGGAGCAAGUUUACUCAUGAUUUUAAGACUAGGAGUGGGUUUCCUGCAGACAAAGAAAAACGCAUGAAAGAACGGAGCUGCUUUAUUUUUCAGCAGCCAUCCUCAGCUAUUUUGUUUGUUGACAACAUAUUUCUGUAUGUUGAAUAUGUAAAUUGUACAUUUUAAACAUUUUUAAAAAAAAAUCCAUAUUAAAAAACCUAAGUAAAGUUUCUCUUUUAUUAAAAAUUUCUUAGCAAGGUAGUUUUACUGGAAAACGUGCCUUUCCAGUGUUGCCCUGUGUUACACAAGACGCUAAUGAUGUUUAUUUUAGCCUAUAGAGCAUAUUUCAGAUAAUCUUGUCAUGCAACACAAGAAAUAUUCUUUAGUAAUACUGUAUAUUUUGAUGGUCAAAAUUUAACAUAUGCCUAACACAAUUUAACAAACACAUCACAUAUUUUCUUGUUUAAAAAAAAAAAAAAAAAAUCAAAACGAUUCCAAGUAAUAAACCUAUAUGUACAUGUAAUACUUUAGACCUGUUUUAUAAAUGUAAUCAGUAAUGAUGAGAAAUGUUUCUUAAUGUGAUAGUACUUCAUUUUCAGUUAGUCUGUUUGACUGAUAUAAUACUAAAGUAAGUUCACAGCUCAACAGAAGGCCCUAGAGCACAGGUAAGCAGCAGUAUGUCUGAAUGUUUUAUUGUUGGUUACAUGAUUACUCUGACUGUCUAACCUGCUCCAGAAAAGCCCCUGUUCAUUCACAUUAUCAUGUGAUUUGCAGGGCAAUUUCAUGCAUGGGCUUUAACCAAGGAGCAACAAAAAAAAAUAAAAAUGACCAAUUUAA